AUGUCAUGCUCACACCUAGCGCACCUCGUCUGGUUGAGUUUGUCGGUGCUGGCUUUGCUCGGACACCACCAGUAUGCUCACGACCUUGUGCGCGUGCGUGGCUGCAACGCGGAGGCGGUGUUGAAGGAAGACAACACAGGCGCGUUCCACAUCAACACGAGCGACCCAGCGACCCAGCCGGUACUGGUGAACGGAAUGAACGUGGACGACUUGUUUGAGACGGUGGCUGCGCAGGAGAGCAUGCUGCACGCGUACCAGGCAAAGGUGCAGGCGCAGCGCAGCACGAUCAGCGCGCAACAGAGCAUGCUGAGUGCACAGCAAGGAAGGAUUGACGCCCUUCGCGCCGAAGUGUGCAAGCCUAGCGCGAGCACGUUCGGUGACCUGAGCACCUCGCCAUAUAGCGCAUGGGCUGGCGGCGCGCUGGCCAAAAAUGGGCUGAUCUACGCCGCCCCGUACAACUCGCCCGCUGUCCUCAUCAUCGAUACGAACACAAACACAAUCGACGUGACAACCAUCCCCAAUCUUGGGUCGGCCAGGGGCAAGUGGGCCGGCGGCGUGCUGGCGCACAACGGCCUCAUUUACAUGUUUCCAGCAAACAUGGCGACGGCGCUCAUCAUCGAUCCGGAGACCAACACGACAGACACCACAAGCAUCAGCUCGCUUGGCUUCGGCCAGUACAAGUGGUUUAGUGGCGUGGUGGCUGACAACGACCUCAUCUUCGGCGUUCCCUUGCACGCAACCUGUGUGCUCAUCAUCGAUCCGGAGACCAACACGGCGGACAUCACCACGCUGGCGGGGCUGUCCGAGCAGGGGGAGAAGUGGCAUGACGGCGUUCAGGCACCCAGCGGCCUCAUCUACUGCCUGCCAAGAGCGGCGGAUUCCGUGCUGAUCAUCGAUCCAUACACGCUGACCAUGGGCCUCCGUCCGCUGGCGGGCGUCGGCUCUGGCCUGAAAUGGCUUGGCGGCUUGCUUGCAAGCAACGGGCUCAUCUACGCCCUGCCGGAUCGUGCUGCGACCACGCUCGUCAUUGACCCAGCCACCAACGCCACCGAUUUGCUGAGCAUCUCCGAGGAGACCUCCUCGGACAAGUGGGCUGGAGGGGUGCUGGCUCCCAACGGCAACAUCGUUGGCAUCCCAUUCACCUCACCCUCCGUGUACUUUUUCAAUCCAACCACCAACGCCACAGACACCACAAGCAUUCAGGCUCUUGCCGGGUCUGGCAAGUGGCACGAUGGCGCGCUUGCGAACAACGGCCUGAUUUACGCCAUUCCCCGUUCAGCUGAUGCGGUGCUCGUCAUCGACCCAAGCUGUUGA